CCUAAUUUCCAAAACCAGACCCUUCCGAAACACUUCCAAGAGUUUUUAGUACUUUAAUAUUUUUUGAGUUCGAAACAUGGUUUGAAAUUGAAUUAACCAUGUCAAUGAAGAGUAACAAAAACAACAGAAGCAAUUUCACAAACACUUGGUAGACACAAAAAAUCAACGUUUGUUUUUGUUCCUCUUCAGCAUGCUACCAUUGAAGCAUGUAGUAACCAAACACAAACACAAAUUCAAACUCAAAUCCGUCGUUUCAUCUUCCACUUCACUUCUCAAUCAAAUCGAUAACAUUCACUAUGCAUCAUAUACAUCACUUUCUUCAUCACCAGCACCUUCGUUUUCCGUCACCCAAAACGACGUCGCUUCCACCUUCAAAACGUGGUUCCAAAUCCACCACCGUUCCAAAGACCCACUCCUCACUCGAAUCUACCAGAUUCUCUCCUCCGGCGACGAUUUCUCGCCUUCUCUUUCCGCCCUUUCGCUUCCCCUCACCGAAGCCUUUGUUGUCAGUGUCCUCCGUCACGGUGGGGAUAACAAUGACAUUCUCUCUUGUCUCAAGUUCUUCGAUUGGGCUGGGCGGCAGCCGCGUUUUAACCAUACAAGAGCUACUUUUGUGGCGAUUUUCCGUAUCCUGACCCGGGCUAGCCAUGUGCCUUUGGUUCUUGAGUUCCUUCAGACGUUCCGGAGGCGGGUUUUCGCGCAUCGGGUUCGUUUUAAUGAUACACUUGUGAUUGGUUAUUCGAUUGCUGGGAAGCCUGAGGUUGCACUCCAUGUGUUUGGUAAAAUGCGUUUUCAGGGACUUGACUUGGAUGGGUUUUCUUAUCAUAUUCUGCUCAAUGCUCUUGCUGAGGAGGAUUAUUUUAAUGCUUUUAGUAUCGUUCUUAGUCAGAUUCGGAUGAAGGGCUAUGCGACUAGUGUCACUGAUGCGAUUGUUGUUAAGUGUUUGUGUAAGCAGGGGAAGUUGGAUGAGGCGGAAGAUUAUCUUAAUUCUUUGUUGGGGAGUGGGAAAGAGUUGCAUGGUUCUGAGGUGAGUUUUCUUGUUGGUUCGUUGUGUGAGAAUAAUAGGUUUGACCAUGCUGUUGAGUUGGUCAAGGAGUUUGGGGACUUGGGGUUGGCACGUUUGGAACAAGCUUAUGGGGUUUGUGUGAAGGGUCUUGUGAAGGGUGGUAGGUUGGAUAAGGCUUUGGAGUUUUUUAGGCAGAAGAGAGAUUCUGAAGGGUAUGUUCCUGGUUCUCAUAGGUAUAACAUGUUGAUUUGUAGGCUUUUGAGGGAGAGCCGGCUUCAUGAUGUCUAUGGCUUGUUGAUGGAUAUGAAUGAGUCUUGUAUUCCGCCUGAUUUGGUUACCAUGAAUGCUGUCUUGUGCUUCUUUUGCAAAGCUGGGAUGGUGAAUGUCGCGCUCCAAUUGUACAAUUCCAGGUCACAGUUUGGACUGAAUCCGAAUCAAAUGGCGUACAAAUAUUUGAUACUUACUCUGUGUUGGGAUGGGAGUGUUAAAGAGGCGUACAGCGUGCUCAAAAGUUCUCUCAGUAAUGGGUUUUUUCCUGAUAGACGAGCCUUUACCACGAUUGUCCAUGCUUUGUGUAGAGAGUGCAAGGUUGAUGAGGUGAAGGAGCUGAUCCAUCUUGCCUUGGAGCGGGAAUUCACGCCAAGCGCUGUCACAUAUGACAAGUUUAUAUCGGCUUUGUGCCAAGCUGGAAGAGUGGAAGAUGGUUAUUUGGUGCACGGGGAGCUUAACAAUGCCACUGCUAGAUUCUCCUACUCGAAGAUGAUUAGGAGUUUUAUUAAGUCAAAUAGGGGAGACAUUGGUGCUCGCCUUCUUGUUGAAAUGAAAGAGAAGGAUUUUGUACUAACACGGACCUCAUGCAGAGCUGUUAUUUGCAGUUUACUUGAUAUGGAUAAUCCAGUAUCACGUGUUUUCAAUUUAUUAGACAUGCUGACUCAUGGUAAACCUGAUGUUCGGAUUUUCAACUUUUUCAUCGACGGAGCCGGGCAUGCCAAUAAGACAGAGUUGGCCAGGAAUGUAUAUGAGUUGAUGAUAAGGAAUAACAUUGUGCCGAAUAUCGUUUCUCAAAUUCUUGUGUUGAAUAGUUAUUUGAAAAGUGGAAUGAUUUUUGAUGCUUUGAAUUUCUUUAAUAGUCUCCGGCGCCAGUGUAUGGUCAAUCGAAAAUUAUAUAAUUCCAUGAUUAUUGGUCUCUGCAAGGCCAACAAGGCUGACAUUGCACAUGAUAUCUUGUUUGAAAUGUUAAACUCUCAAUUAAAUCCAAGCAUUGAAUCCUAUGAGUGUCUUGUGCAAGCGCUCUGCUCAUUGAAAAGAUAUCAUGAAGCAAUAAAUCUCGUUCAAGUGUAUAUGAAAAUGGGACGUCGAUUAACUUCUUUUCUUGGCAACGUACUUCUUUUUCACUCUUUGAUAUCACCGGAUGUCUAUGAUACAUGUGUUCAUUUAAGAUGUGCAGAAAGUUCUCCUAUUUCUACACUGAACUUUGUCAUUGGUGCAUUUUCUGGUUGUUUAAGAGUAAACCAUUCUAUUGAGGAGUUGGAGGAAUUAAUAGCGAUGUGCUUUCCGCUUGACAUUUACACCUACAAUCUGCUGCUGAGAAGAGUAACCAAUUAUGAUAUGGACCAAGCUUGUGAGUUGUUUAAUAGGAUACGUCACAGAGGUUAUGAGCCUAAUGGUUGGACUUAUGAUAUUAUGGUGCAUGGUUUCUCAAAUCAUGGGAGAAAUGACGAGGCUAAGCACUGGAUCGAAAAAAUGCACAAAAUGGGAUUUUAUCCAACAGAGAAUACUAGAAGAAAUGUAAUAAAAAAUAUUUUUUCCAACGAAGAGUACUAGCAUAUUCUUUUAAGGAGAAUGGAUUGAUGUGUUAAAGAUGCAGAAGGGUUCAUACAAUUUUGUCUUAUCAACUGCAGAUGGCGGACCAUGGCAGAAAGGCAAAAAAAACUUCGCCAAUUUAGACUGCCAUAAAAUGCUGUGGUCGCCGUAGCCUAUAUUUGACAACUCAGCUCCAUCUUCUCUCUUUGUAAUCAUCUGCCAUGAUCGAAUAUCCCAUGUUUGAUGAACUUAACCUCAGCAAGUUGAGAAAUAUGGGCUUCUCAUUUCAUAAAGGGUUGGGAGUUUCAUGCCAGUCCCGAGUUUGCCCCAUUGGCAUCUGUCAUUGCAACAAAAAUAUUAUAGUUAACUGAUUUAUAAGGGUCUUACUUCAUACAUCAACCUUGCAUUUUGCCUCUGAACUACGUUCCUUCAUCCUUCUCAAAAGCAUAACAGAUAAUGCUUUGUUAUCAUUCGGCAAUAGUUAUUUUUUGUACUUGUUAGAAGAUAUGAAAAUAUCUUGUAAUACCUUGAUAUUAUUAUCUUGAGUGAUUUUAGAAUAUCUCAUAGGAUUAGUUUUUUUUUUGUAUUAGAGUAUCUUAGGCUACCACAUAACAUAACAUAAAAUUAACUUUCAUAUGACUUUGUUAUUAUCAUUAUUCGUCUUCCUAUUUAAUUUGCUUAGGAUUUGGAGUCUUGUAUUUUAAUGUAAAUAAGAUUUUUAGUCUAGUCUUUAUAUAAAUCAUAGUCAUCAAUCAUAUCUAAAUCAGACUAUAAUAACAAUUCAAAGUCUUUAUUAUUUCUCACUCUCUUUCUUAAAACCCUAUAAACUUCAACUGUGCCGACUUUUGUUCCUGUCUGCAAAAUAAUCAUUUGGUGUUUUAUCCUUUGGUUUCUUCAAUGGUAGUGUGAUUGAUUCCUUCCUUGUUUAGAACUUGCACCAAAAUUGUUAUUUUGUAUUUCUUCUUAUUGACAUUUGAUGAUUUGAUCAAUCUUAACCUCAGUCUCAUUGAUCUCUGGAUUUUUAUAUUGCAUACAUACAACACAAUAGUAUUCGUGUUCCCUCUAAUCACUUGGUGUUUUUCUGACAC